UUCCUCCUAAUACCGGAAACAGACCAUUUUUCAGCAGGAAGCGUGUUCAUUUUCGUAGUAAGAAAAUAACAAACGGCUUGAAUCAAUGGGGGUGACUUGUGUGUGUCAGGUGCCUUUGGCAGAGGGAAAGAGUGUGCAGCAGACAAUAGACAUUCUGCACAAGAAGUUGGAGCAGUUGGGCGCUGUGAAGCAGGGAAACUUUACUGUGGACUGUGAGACGUACCAUGCCACAGGAAAUGCCAGCGGCCAGCCAACCAAACUCCUGUAUGUGAUGCAUAACUCAGAAACCCCCCUGAGCUGCUUAGCCCUGUUCGAAGGAGGUCCCUGCCUCACAGCAGAUGGAAACUUUGACGUGCUCAUGAUUAAGCUGAAAAGCCACUUCCAGAACGCCAAGGGGCACAAGGUAGAGAGCCGUGGCUCCCGCUACCGCUAUUGUGAUUUCCUGAUAAAGGUUGGAGCGGUAACAAUGAGCUCCAGCGCGAGGGGCAUUUCAGUAGAGGUGGAGUACUGUCCAUGUGUGGUCCCUGGGGACUGCUGGAACCUGAUGAAAGAGUUCAUGCAAAGCUUCCUGGGACCCAGCAUCCCGGAGCUGCCCGCUGUGUUCGCCAACAAACCUGAGGGCCUCUAUGUGCCCGCGGACUGUGUUGACACCAUGACCCAGUACCUGGAGUUGUUCAGCAAAGUGCGCAAACAGCAGGUGCUCCCAGGGACCACACGUUGACGUCUUCAUGGCAGCAGGAAAGUUCUGGAUAAUCUCUGAUAAAGAAGCACCACCAAGAGGGCAGCAGUACUUCCUCCACACCCCAACACAAGCAACACGUCAUCUUAAGCCACACUGUUGUGUAACUUAAAUUGUACUGAGCGUCAGUACAGCAACUCAAACUGAUCAAAGGAUUUCACAACCACUGCAAGGAAUAUAUCAUGCCAAAAAUGAGAUCAAAAUCUUACUGGUUGAAGUCUGAACUCUUGACAGAAUAAUGCUGUGUCCCAAAUGUCUUGUGGAUUAUCCUUGAGAGUAAUCGGUUUAAAGGACAUUCAGUUUAGAUAGUAACGUUGUAUCUGGGCAUUAUGGUCCUACUAAUAGUUGGUUAUUUUUAUUUUAAAAAUUGUCUGACAAAACACUUUUUGUAACACUGUUUUUUUAACUCAAUAAACCUAUGUUUACCUAAA